GGAGCCGGGACUGACGAUGUAGUUCCCGCGGAUGGACUGAACCUCUGCUGUGACUUUUUAUUACCGACUGGACUUUUUCAUCAUUGGACUUUUUAUUCUCUUCAGCCAGUGGCCGGGAUUACCGGAUUAAUAACCAGAUUAUAAAGAUGCUGCUGUCCAAACUGGGCUCCUUCUCUCCCCUCUCAUCCAGCAUGGAGCUGCCGGUCAAGAUCCAGCUGCAGCCCGCCAAACCUGACCGGGAGCCGUUCGAGCGGCGGUACCGGCUGGGCUCGGUGCUCGGCAGUGGCGGCUUCGGCACCGUGUACGCGGCCGUGCGGGUGUCCGACGGGCUGCCGGUGGCAGUGAAGCACGUGUCCCGGGACAGAGUGACAGAGUGGGGUUCUCUGGGUGGCGCCGUGGUUCCUCUGGAGAUCGUGCUGCUGAAGAAGGUGGGCUCGGCGUGCGGCGGCGUCAUCCGGCUGCUGGACUGGAGCGAGCGGGGCGACGGCUGGCUGCUGGUGAUGGAGCGGCCCGAGGCGGCGCAGGACCUGUUCGACUACAUCACGGAGCGCGGCGCGCUGGACGAGGCGGCGGCGCGCGGCUUCUUCCUGCAGGUGCUGCGCGCCGUGCGGCACUGCCACGGCUGCGGCGUCGUGCACCGAGACAUCAAGGACGAGAACCUGCUGGUGGACCUGAGGACCGGACAGAUCAAACUCAUCGACUUCGGCUCGGGAGCCCUCCUCAAAGACACCGUGUACACCGACUUCGACGGUACCAGGGUUUACAGUCCACCUGAGUGGAUCAGGUAUCACAGGUAUCACGGUCGCCUGGCGACGGUCUGGUCUCUGGGCGUCUUGCUGUAUGACAUGGUGUGUGGAGACAUUCCCUUCGAGCAGGACGAGGAGAUCCUGCAGGGACGCCUGCUGUUCCGCCGCAAACUGUCCUCUGAGUGCCAGCAGCUGAUUCGCUGGUGUCUCAGCCUGCGCCCGGCCGACCGGCCCACCCUCGAGCAGAUCUUCCACCACCCGUGGGUGCGGGCGGCGACCGCGGCCACGGCGCCGGCGGAGGAAUCGCCAGCCAAGGACGGCAACAUCACGCUGCACGCCAUCGACACCGACACUGACUCCUCCUCCUCUGACUCUGACUCCUCCUCCUCUGACUCCUCCUCCUCCUCCUCCUCCUCCUCCCCCUCCAGCACGAGCUCCAGCACGAAGAGCCUCUGAUAUGAUUGGACAACAGGAUGCCGGUGGGGUGCGACGGGAGGGCGGAGCCUGGUCUUGAUUGACAGCUCCCCCCGGUUGCGUCUGGACUGCUUUUGGAAGCCGUUUGCUUCCGGGUGACUUUUCUAUGUUUUGAUUUUGACGGUGACAUCACGGCGGUGACAUCACGGUG